AUGAUGGUUGCUGUCGAACUUCAAGUGCUUGAAUCAAAUAGUGUCGCAGUUGCGAUAACCAGAGAGGUUAAUCAGCACUUGAUAAGCAGGCUUGUCGUUGGAAGCUCGUCUCAUGUUGGUUUGUUCAGGAAUCGUGAUGUUACCGCGAAAAUACCAGCCUAUGUCUCAGACCUUUGCACAGUUUAUGUUGUCUCAAAAGGAGUCUACAUUCUUACGAAAGAUAAGUUAUCGUCAGAUGGGGAGAUCAAUGAAACUAUCUUAAGAGAUAUCGGUAGUGAGAGAAUCGAUACAUCUAGCUACUCUUCUAGUUUAGGACAUAUCUCAGAUGCGACACUCAAGUCGAAAUCUCUUGCUAUGUCCAAUCAUAAGAGAUUGGAACAUCUCCCGACAAUAGUAAGAGGGGUUUCUGUUCAUAUGGAAACUAGUUCAGUUGACUCAUACGGAACUACAAGUAUGUCUUCGGGAGCUGCAGAGAAAGCAAGCAGUAGUCUUGAAACAUCGCGUUCUAUUUCUUGGAAUAUUACUCAAAGUGAAGAUUAUUUCACAGGCAAACAGGACACGCUCGACAAAAUUACAAAGUUGAGGGAUGAACAUGGGCAUGCUCAAGAAAUGCAUGCACUGACUCAAUUAGAAACCUUGAAUGCUUCUCUCAAGCUCGAUGAGUUUGAGUUUGAAGAGCUACAACUUAAGGAGCACGCAACAAAGGCGUUAAAAGAAAAGGAAACACAGAAGUUUGAGCCGAGAAGAAGGGAAGAGAGAGAGGUCGCACAGAAAAGAGAAGCCAAAGAGAAGGAGAAGCUUAAAGAAAGUUCCCUUGUGGCUCGUAAGCUGCAAUACCAGGAGUUCACUUGGGAAGAAAUUAAAACCGCAACUUCAUCCUUCUCUGAAGAUCUAAACAUUGGAAAGGGAGCUUACGGGGAUGUUUACAAAUGCAAUCUCCGUCAUACAGUUGCUGCUGUCAAAGUUUUGCAUUCCCCGGAAAGUAAUCUAUCCAAGCAAUUUGAUCAAGAGAUUGAAAUAUUGAGCAAGAUCAGGCAUCCACACCUGGUUCUCCUUCUAGGCGCGUGUCCAGAGCAUGGCGCUCUAGUCUAUGAAUACAUGGAAAAUGGUAGCUUGGAAGAUAGACUGUUUCAAGUCAGCAAAAGUCAACCAAUCCCGUGGUUCGUCCGGUUCAGGAUAGCUUGGGAAGUCGCAUCAGCACUCAUUUUCCUCCACAAAUCAAAGCCGACACCAAUCAUCCACCGUGAUCUCAAACCAGCCAACAUCUUGCUUGAUCAAAACUUUCUCAGCAAAGUAGGAGACGUGGGAAUCUCCACAAUGCUCCAAGUCGAUCCUUUAUUAACACAAUUGACAAUGUACAAACAGACAAGUCCCGUGGGAACACUAUGCUAUAUCGAUCCUGAAUAUCAACGAAGCGGGAUGUUAUCUUUCAAAUCAGACGUCUAUGCGUUUGGAAUGAUCAUUCUACAGCUUCUUACCGCUCUCCCGGCUAUAGCGCUGACGUAUAAAGUAGAAAUGGCCAUGGAGAACAAUGACGACGAGGAGUUGAUAAAGAUUCUUGAUAAAAAGGCCGGUGACUGGCCGAUGGAAGAAACCCGUAAGUUAGCCGCGUUGGCCCUCUCCUGUACAGAGAUUCGUGCUAAAGACAGGCCUGAUCUUGAAACUCACAUUCUUCCAGCAUUAGAGAGCUUUAAGAAUGUAGCUGUAAAAUCAAGAAACUUGAUUUCCUCUGCGCCGAAUCAACCUCCAAGCCAUUUCCUCUGCCCAUUACUUAAGGAUGUGAUGAGUGAACCAUGUGUUGCGGCUGAUGGCUAUACUUAUGACCGACGAGCCAUAGAGGAAUGGAUGCAGGACCACCGUACCUCGCCGGUGACUAAUUUGCCGUUACAAAACAUUAAACUUUUGCCCAAUCACAGUGUUUAUGAAGCCAUUGUCGAAUGGAGACGUAACAAUCAGUAAGGCAAGCAAAAGGGUGUGCUCCGUUAUAGUGACUCCUCUUUCUGAAAUUGUGUAGCAUUUCUAGCCUAUAUCAAUGGCCUGGUGUUCUCAUAGCAUUUUUCUUGCUUUUUUAUCUAUUGUUUAUUUGUUCUUUGGUGCUGCCAUAUUUUUCUGUGGACCAAAAUCUCAAAUACCCUUAAUAAGUCUACAUACUCUUAUGCUCUAAAUGAAAUAAUAGAAUUUUCCUUUUGCC